AUGCUUAUGGAUCUUCCUCUGCCCCGUAAAAACAGCAGUUGCCGCAGUAACCGGAAGAGUUUGAUUCUGACCUCCACCUCCCCUACUCUGCCCCGCCCACAUUCCCCGUUACCUGGGCACAUCGGAAGUAGUCCUCUGGACAGCCCUCGAAACUUCUCUCCUAGCACUCCGGCACAUUUCUCCUUCGCUUCCUCAAGACGGGAUGGGCGUCGAUGGUCACUGGCAUCUCUUCCAUCUUCUGGUUAUGGAACAAACACUCCCAGCUCAACGUCCUCCAGCUCGUCUCAGGAGCGUCUGCACCAGCUGCCAUCUCAGCCCACCAUGGACGAGCUGCACUUCUUGUCCAAACACUUCGGCAGCACAGAGAGCAUCACUGACGAUGACGGGGGACGCUGUUCACCCCACAUAAGACCCCGCUCACGCAGCCUGAGUCCGGGUCGCUCUCACUCCUGCUACGACAAUGAGAUCAUCAUGAUGAAUCAUGUUUACAGGGAGCGUUUCCCUAAGGCCACGGCGCAGAUGGAGGGCAGGUUGUGUGAUUUCAUCCACUCAUAUUGUCCCGAGAGUGUUCUGCCGCUGGCCGACGGGGUCCUAAGCUUUAUCCACCACCAGAUCAUCGAGCUGUCCAGAGACUGCCUGACCAAAUCUAAGGAGGGGCUCAUCACGUCCAUCUACUUCUUUGAGCUGCAGGAGAACCUGGAGAAACUUCUGGAUGACGCUUAUAAGCGGUCGGAGAGUUCAGAGUUGACCUUUGUCACUGAGUUGGUGAAGAAACUCCUCUUCAUCAUCGCUCGACCUGCUCGACUUUUAGAGUGUUUGGAGUUUAACCCUGAAGAGUUCUAUCAUCUGCUGGAGGCGGCUGAGGAUCACGCUAAAGAAGGACACCUGAUGAAGACCGACAUCCCGCGGUACAUCAUCAGUCAGCUGGGUCUGACCAGAGACCCUCUGGAGGAGAUGGUCAGUCGAGAGCAUUAUGACAGCGAGGGGCCCGUCACACCGGAGACAGACGACUCCGCAGAGGGAAAGAUAAAACCCAUGAAGCCACCUGGAGAGGCAGAUUUCCAGACCAUCAAACUGAUCAGCAAUGGAGCCUACGGCGCGGUGUAUCUGGUCCGCCAUCUGGAGAUGCGACAGCGCUUCGCUAUGAAGAAAAUCAACAAACAGAACCUGAUUCUGAGGAACCAGAUCCAGCAGGCGUUUGUGGAGCGAGACAUCCUGACCUUCGCCGAGAACCCGUUCGUGGUCAGCAUGUUCUGCUCCUUUGAGACCAGGCGACACCUGUGUAUGGUCAUGGAGUACGUGGAGGGAGGCGACUGCGCGACACUGCUAAAGAAUAUCGGAGCAUUGCCUGUGGAAAUGGCGCGCAUGUACUUCGCUGAAACCGUCCUGGCUCUCGAAUACAUACAUAACUAUGGAAUCGUGCACCGGGAUCUCAAACCGGACAAUCUGCUUAUCACGUCAAUGGGUCACAUUAAACUCACUGAUUUCGGUUUGUCUAAAAUGGGUCUCAUGAGUCUCACCACAAACCUGUAUGAGGGACACAUCGAGAAGGACACCAGGGAGUUCCUGGAUAAACAGGUGUGCGGCACCCCAGAGUACAUCGCCCCGGAGGUGAUCCUGCGGCAGGGUUACGGCAAGCCGGUGGACUGGUGGGCCAUGGGCAUCAUCCUCUACGAGUUCCUGGUGGGCUGCGUGCCGUUCUUCGGCGACACACCGGAGGAGCUGUUUGGUCAGGUGAUCACAGAUGACAUUGUGUGGCCCGAGGAUGAUGACGCUCUCCCCGCUGACGCGCAACACCUGAUCUCAUCUCUCCUGCAGACCAACCCGCUGCUCAGACAGGGCACAGGUGGAGCGUUCGAGGUGAAGCAGCAUCCGUUCUUCUGUGAUCUGGACUGGAGCAGCUUGCUCCGGCAGAAAGCCGAGUUCAUCCCUCAUCUGGAGUCGGAGGAGGACACCAGCUACUUCGACACACGAUCAGAGCGAUAUCAUCACGUUCACUCGUACGAUGAAGACGACACCAAUGACGACGAGCCAGUGGAGAUUCACCGCUUCUCCUCCUGCUCGCCGCGUUUCAGCAAGGUGUACAGCAGCAUGGAGCAUCUGUCGCAGCUGGAGCACAAACCCGUGGUGACCCGCCGAGAGCCCAAAGCUCACAGAGAAGAUCGCAGUAAGAGGGAAAGUCUGGGCAGCCUGACCCUCCGAGACAAGAGCUGGAGAACCGGAUCCCCCGAGAUGAAGCGUUUGUCUUGUUCAGAAUCGUCUUUCAUUGAAUCAGACUCCAGUCCUCCCGGGGCGCGCCGGCGUUUCUCAGCGCUGAUGGACACGCACCGCUUCGCUUCUCCACUAGAGGGAGACGGUGACGCAAACACACGUCAAACACCCAUCAAAACCAGGGGCUCGUCACUAGAGGGCGCCAGCGUGCCCGUCUGCUCCGGACUGGUGGAGUCCAGUUAUACGGCAUCAGUGGGACCUCCUGGAGAUAAACUCCUGCGGCCUGCUGAUGCCACUCCCGCGGUUCCUCUGCACAUGCCAGACUCGUUUGGGCCUCGCAUCGGAAGUGACCUCGUCUUACGAAGAGCACGACAUCAUCAGAUUCCGACCGACAGCGAGAAACGUAGCGCGACUCGCUCUGGAACCAAAGUCAUAAAGUCAGCCUCUGCCACGGCCCUGUCUGUCAUCAUACCUGCAGUUGAGCAGCAUGGUACGUCACCACUAGCCAGUCCCAUGUCUCCUCGCUCCAUCUCCUCCAAUCCCUCGUCUCGUGACUCAUCUCCCAGUCGUGACUACUCACCUACCGUCAAUGUCCUGCGCUCACCAAUCACCAUCCAUCGCUCUGGAAAGAAGUACGGCUUCACCUUGCGCGCCAUCAGAGUCUACAUGGGUGACAGUAACGUCUACAGCGUACAUCACAUGGUCUGGCAUGUUGAGUGUGGUGGGCCGGCCCAGGAGGCAGGGCUUUGUGCUGGCGACCUCAUCACCCAUGUGAAUGGGGAGUCUGUGCACGGAUUGGUGCACACAGAGGUGGUGGAGCUCAUUCUGAAGAGUGACAGCAAAGUAACAGUAACGACCACUCCAUUCGAAAACACGUCCAUAAAGAUCGGACCAGCAAGGAAGCUUAGCUACAGAGCCAAGAUGGCCAGACGCAACAAGAAGUCAGCCGCAAAAGAUGGACAAGAGAGUAAGAAGCGCAGCUCUCUCUUUCGUAAGAUCACGAAACAGUCCAACUUUCUUCACACCAGUCGUAGUCUGUCCUCUCUGAAUCGCUCUCUCUCGUCUGGAGACAGUCUGCCUGGAUCGCCGACACACAACCUGUCUGCUCGCUCGCCCACGCAGACGUACCGCUCUCCUCCAGACUCCGCCUACCUCGGCACCUCGUCUCAGAGCAGCUCACCGGCGUCCAGCACGCCAAACUCGCCUGCGACAUCUCAGCACAUGCGGCCGAGCUCUCUUUACGGCCUUUCGCCCAAACUCCACCGGCAGUACCGUUCUGCUCGCUGCAAAUCCGUCGGGAACAUUCCUCUGUCUCCGCUGGCCCACACGCCAUCCCCUACUUCGUCUUCCCCGCCACCCAUCGCUGGGCACACUGUCGGCAGCUCCAACACUACUCAGGCCUUCCCCGCCAAGCUCCACGCCUCUCCUCCAAUCACACGCCCCCGGCCCAAGAGCGCAGAACCGCCCCGUUCGCCUCUCCUCCAAAGGGUGCAAUCAGCCGAGAAGCUCGGCCCGCCCCCUCCGCCUUCAUUUCCAUCCUCCACUUCUUCCGUGGGCUCGGACCGAAAAGGAGGGCUUUGCGUGUCCAUGAGGAAGCAUGGUUUGGAGGUUGUGCAUGCCGAAUACCGCCGGGAGUCGUUCCACUGUGAAUAUGCCCUCCAAAGCCUGAUGGAGAUCGAGGGCGAGAACACACCCGGGGCUCCGCCCUCUCCACCCGACCGUGGAGCGUUCGAGGUGAAGCAGCAUUCGUUCUUCUGUGAUCUGGACUGGAGCAGUUUGCUCCGACAGAAAGCCGAGUUCAUCCCUCAUCUGGAGUCGGAGGAGGACACCAGCUACUUCGACACGCGAUCAGAGCGGUAUCAUCACGUUCACUCGUACGAUGAGGACGACACCAAUGACGAUGAGCCAGUGGAGAUUCACCACUUCUCCUCUUGCUCGCCACGCUUCAGCAAGGUGUACAGCAGCAUGGAGCAUCUGUUCCAGCUGGAGCACAAGCCUGUGGUGACCCGUCGAGAGCCCAAAGCUCACAGAAAAGAUCGCAGUAAGAGAGAAAGUCUAGGCAGCCUGACCCUCCGAGACAAGACCUGGAGAACCGGAUCCCCUGAGAUGAAGCGUUUGUCUUGUUCAGAAUCGUCUUUCAUUGAAUCAGACUCCAGUCCUCCCGGGGCGCGCCGGCGUUUCUCAGCGCUGAUGGACACGCACCGCUUCGCUUCUCCACUAGAGGGAGACGGUGACGCAAACACACGUCAAACACCCAUCAAAACCAGGGGCUCGUCACUAGAGGGCGCCAGCGUGCCCGUCUGCUCCGGACUGGUGGAGUCCAGUUAUACGGCAUCAGUGGGACCUCCUGGAGAUAAACUCCUGCGGCCUGCUGAUGCCACUCCCGCGGUUCCUCUGCACAUGCCAGACUCGUUUGGGCCUCGCAUCGGAAGUGACCUCGUCUUACGAAGAGCACGACAUCAUCAGAUUCCGACCGACAGCGAGAAACGUAGCGCGACUCGCUCUGGAACCAAAGUCAUAAAGUCAGCCUCUGCCACGGCCCUGUCUGUCAUCAUACCUGCAGUUGAGCAGCAUGGUACGUCACCACUAGCCAGUCCCAUGUCUCCUCGCUCCAUCUCCUCCAAUCCCUCGUCUCGUGACUCAUCUCCCAGUCGUGACUACUCACCUACCGUCAAUGUCCUGCGCUCACCAAUCACCAUCCAUCGCUCUGGAAAGAAGUAUGGCUUCACCUUGCGCGCCAUCAGAGUCUACAUGGGUGACAGUAACGUCUACAGCGUACAUCACAUGGUCUGGCAUGUUGAGUGUGGUGGGCCGGCCCAGGAGGCAGGGCUUUGUGCUGGCGACCUCAUCACCCAUGUGAAUGGGGAGUCUGUGCACGGAUUGGUGCACACAGAGGUGGUGGAGCUCAUUCUGAAGAGUGACAGCAAAGUAACAGUAACGACCACUCCAUUCGAAAACACGUCCAUAAAGAUCGGACCAGCAAGGAAGCUUAGCUACAGAGCCAAGAUGGCCAGACGCAACAAGAAGUCAGCCGCAAAAGAUGGACAAGAGAGUAAGAAGCGCAGCUCUCUCUUUCGUAAGAUCACGAAACAGUCCAACUUUCUUCACACCAGUCGUAGUCUGUCCUCUCUGAAUCGUUCUCUCUCGUCUGGAGACAGUCUGCCUGGAUCGCCGACACACAACCUGUCUGCUCGCUCGCCCACGCAGACGUACCGCUCUCCUCCAGACUCCGCCUACCUCGGCACCUCGUCUCAGAGCAGCUCACCGGCGUCCAGCACGCCAAACUCGCCUGCGACAUCUCAGCACAUGCGGCCGAGCUCUCUUUACGGCCUUUCGCCCAAACUCCACCGGCAGUACCGUUCUGCUCGCUGCAAAUCCGUCGGGAACAUUCCUCUGUCUCCGCUGGCCCACACGCCAUCCCCUACUUCGUCUUCCCCGCCACCCAUCGCUGGGCACACUGUCGGCAGCUCCAACACUACUCAGGCCUUCCCCGCCAAGCUCCACGCCUCUCCUCCAAUCACACGCCCCCGGCCCAAGAGCGCAGAACCGCCCCGUUCGCCUCUCCUCCAAAGGGUGCAAUCAGCCGAGAAGCUCGGCCCGCCCCCUCCGCCUUCAUUUCCAUCCUCCACUUCUUCCGUGGGCUCGGACCGAAAAGGAGGGCUUUGCGUGUCCAUGAGGAAGCAUGGUUUGGAGGUUGUGCAUGCCGAAUACCGCCGGGAGUCGUUCCACUGUGAAUAUGCCCUCCAAAGCCUGAUGGAGAUCGAGGGCGAGAACACACCCGGGGCUCCGCCCUCUCCACCCGACCAGAUGCCAACACACACACCCGCUCAACUCACAAUGAGUCCGUUGAGGCAGCUCGGGAGACAGGACUCGAUAGCGGGAAGAGAGUCCGAGGGGAAAGUGAAGCAGCCUGACUCAAGUGAUGCCGUUUUAAGGACUGCAUCAAAAACCCAACCAGUAGCAACCACUUUGGAUCUUAAAUCCUCAACCCAGUUUGGUGAGCCACCUCAGAAGGAGAAAGUAGCCUCCAAAUCUGAGUCUUCUCAAGUCGUCUCGACAGGGAACGAGGCAGCCAGGAAUGCGGGAAAGAGCGAAUCACUUUAUGCAAUGGGAUCUGGUCCCAAGGUCCCAGAACGAACGCCAGUUGUCCAGAGCUCUGGAACACAGGAACUCAAACACCAUAGCCUUCAAACCAAUGGUCCUAAAGGGCUGGAAAAUGGCAAAGACAUGGGAAAGAUUCCAGUGAAAGAGAAAACUGCACAGACAAUGGCUCCAGAGGCAAGCAAGUCAGGUAAAGAACCUCUAACCAUUGAGGGGACUGGACCUAGUUCCGCUGGUGCAAUGAAAGUCUCAGCAGCAGUUCCUGUCAAGUCCAAAACUAUUGAAGAAUGGGUUCAAACUCCAUCGGGGUCAACCAGAGGCCCUCAAGAGGAAAGAUGUCGCCUGGAAGCGGCUGAAGAGUCCCCAGCCUCUCCGUCUUCAACCACCAGGUCGCCUUGCACAAGCAAAUCACGUGCCGUAUCUCCUGGUGACAGGUCCAGCUUCGUGACGCAGCUCACCAGUGUGGCUAAAACCGUGCUCGGGCCGAUGAAGUUGGGCUCUCAGGAUGGUGGGAAGGCCAAGGACAGCUCCAAAACCAACGAGGACAAACGAGCAGCCACAUUGGGAAAGUCUGAGACUUCGUCUGUGAGUCGCCGCGGGUUGACGGGAACGUGGCCCGGUCCUGGAUCAUCAAAGCCUGAAAAAUCAUCGAAGAGCUCUUCCAAGCAUUUGUAAUAUUCUUAACGGGAAUAUUCUGUUCGGAACUUUAAAUGGGAUGCGUUCCCUGUAAUUGUCCAAAUGCAGUCUAUUCAAAAGACUCUACAGCCAUCAAACCAAGAUAUAAACAAAAAACGUAAACAAGUAAAGGUGCUUCAAAUAUGUCUGUUUGUACAUAUGCCAUAAGAAUAUAUGCACCAUCAUUUGUGGACGUAGAAUAAACCAGUAUGUCUCUCUAGAUGCAUGUUACAUGUAUAUUGUCAAUAGAAGAGUCUAAAUAAUAAGAUAUGAAAAAUGAAAGACCUAAUGCUAGUGAACACUGCACAUCCAAUCAUUCCUGCCCGGCCUGUAGAGGGCAUGAUAUGUCAUUCAUCACCAUAUCAACCAAUCAGUUUGUCAGAUUUAGAAAGGAGAGGUAGUUAAAGUGUCUACCUAGUGACCGACAACAUAGAUCUAAAUGAUCUCAGUUCAGUACCUCAGCUAUACUGUUAAACUGCCAACAGUAGCGCUAUACUUGAGGCAACAGAAUGCCUAACUAGAGGUUUGGGAGGGUUACACUGGUGGAAAAGGGAAAUGAUUGUUGCACAAGGACAGAACCAUGUGUAUAAGUGCUUGUUUCUGCUGUCUUAAUUACAUUUGCACUGGAAAUGCCCAGCAAAAGUCAACAUGAAAUCAAUUUACUUCUUAAUGGAUUGCUAUGUUAUUUAAUCUGCAUACACCCUCACUAAGGUCUGUAGUCAAAUAGCUACUUAGUAGGAAAAUGCAAUACAAGACUGACUCCUGCAUUUUUGCUUAAAGGUGAAGACCCUACUCAAUGCAUGUUUUGCAAGAUUCCCCUUUCUGUCAAACGUAUUUUAUUGGACGGUCCAGCUUUUAAUGUAUGUAGAAAACUCUUUUAUGACGUGAACUCACUUAAAGAGUUAUUUAGUGUAAUUUUGCCAGAAAAAAGUUUUAGAAU